CUGGUUUUAGGAUGCAUUUUUCAUGGUGGAGUGUUUUCUUGUUUGUUCUGAGAGGACAAAUAUUUCUCAUCUUUUCAGUUAUCUUUCGUCCUUUUUCUUGUACCAAUAUCGGUGGUUUGCUUGGACUAAUUGCAAGUUUAAAUUUGUUGAUGCAAUUUACUCUAUUUAGUGCCUAAUUUUGUUUCUUUUAUUUUUCUAUGUGCGAGUGCUUUUCUUUCUCUAUUUCAGCGAAAAUUAGUUCAUAUAUGAACACUCUAUUUUUUCCACAAAAAUAGAAAAAUGGAGAACUCAUCAUCAGUUCAUUAUAUUGUACAUCAAAGGCAUGAAAACUCUAUAAAUUCAAGGCUAGUUAUGGAAAAAGUUAGGCUAUAAUCUAGGGUCUCUUCUUGAUAUUCAUGUUAGAUUUGAAGUGGCUAUUUCUCUAAUGGUACUUAAAAGUUUGGAUUUGGUAUGAUUUAAAUCAAGGUUUUACAUUUCAGAUCCAGGAAUUUGCGCUAGUAUUUUAUUGAUAUGGCAUGGCAUGGUAUGCCGCCGUGCCAAUACAUUAUAAAGGUGCAAAGUUGGAACAAGAAUUAUACCAUGUGCCGAUGCAAUGUCAUAUCAAGCCCUAUACCAUGCCUGCCUAGUAUGGAUUGGAGUGGUCCGAUAUGUAAAACCUUGAUUUCAUUAGUUCAUAAUCAAUAUUAGAAGAGAAGGGUGAGCUUUGGCGCAAUGAUAAGGUUGCUUUAUUAUGACCUGGAGGUCAUAGAAAAGAAUGAAGCUGCAUUCAUUUCUUCAACUUGACACGCGUAGAAUGGGAAGGAAGGACUGACUUCUUUGACCCUUCUUGGACCCUGCAAUGGCGAGAGUCUUGUGCAUAGGCUUCCCUUAUAAUCAAUAGAGUGAUAGUAUUUGUUGCCCUUCUGAGAUUUGAUUAAGUUCGUUGCUUUUCUGAAAGAUGCCAAAGUUUAGAAAAGCUAAGUUUAUGGGCUGUGCUUCCUUGACUGCACUCUCUUCAUGCUGCUCUCAACAUAACGUGAAACUCAUAUCAUAUCAGUGUCAAGGGAGCUAUUUGGUCAAGUCAUAUCCAGAUGGAAAGAAUAUGUGAGAACACAGUGGCCAUAGACAGCCAGCAAAACCAGGUAAGAGAUUUUGCCCCCGUCAUUCGAUCAGGGGAGUGGUCUGAUAUUGGCAGCCGGAUGUAUAUGGAGGAUACCCAUGUGUGCAUCUCUGACUUGGCUAAGAAGUAUGGUUGUCAUUCACUGGAACAUGAGGCUGUUUCUUUUUAUGGAGUAUUUGAUGGACAUGGAGGGAAAGCUGCUGCACAUUUUGUCCGUGACAAUUUACCGAGGGUCAUUGUGGAAGAUGCUGAAUUCCCUCUUGAACUUGAAAAGGUAGUCAUGAGGUCAUUUAUGCAAACUGAUGCUCAGUUUGCAAGGACAUGCGCUGUUCAGUCUACCCUGUCAUCUGGCACAACAGCACUUACUGCAAUGAUAUUUGGAAGAUCUCUAUUAGUCGCUAAUGCUGGAGACUGCCGUGCUGUGCUUUCCCGACUUGGGAUGGCAAUAGAAAUGUCCAAGGAUCACAAGCCCUGUUGUGUCAAGGAACAAAAGCGCAUUGAAUCCCUCGGUGGCUACAUCGAUGAUGGAUACUUGAACGGUCAGCUUACUGUUACCCGAGCUCUUGGUGAUUGGCAUCUGGAGGGCAUGAAAGAUAUUGGCGAGCAAGGUGGGCCCUUGAGUGCUGAACCAGAGCUUAAGAUGAUUACUUUAACAAAAGAUGAUGAGUUCUUGAUAAUAGGCAGUGAUGGUAUAUGGGAUGUUUUCUUGAGCCAAAAUGCUGUGGACUUUGCUCGGAGGAGGCUCCAAGAACACAAUGAUGUGAAAUUGUGUUGCAAGGAAUUAGUUGAGGAGGCAAUAAAGCGAGGGGCUAUCGACAAUUUGACUGCAGUUAUUGUAUGCUUCCACUCGGACCCCCCAGCUCGGAUGGGAGCACACAGGACUAGGGUACCAAGGAGCAUAUCAGCUGAGGGGCUCUAUAACCUUAGGCGCCUUUUACAAGCUUAAGCAAAGGCAGGAUUUGCCUUUAUAGACAUUUGCUACAUGCUUUGUUCAUAUAUUCUACUUUGUCUAGUUCUAUAGAGAGAGGUCUAAGGUACACCGGUGCCGCUUUAUUGCUAUGUCAGUACAUUCUGUAUGGAGGAUGGUUCGACAUACUGAGUAUCAGUACGCCUACCGGUACCGAAUUAGUAUGAUAUGAUACGCUCUGUACCAUCCUGUUUGGUAUGGUAUAGUGUAUCUUAGAGGUGUCCAUCUUGAGUUGUCUAGAAAUUAGCUGUAUCUAAUAAGGCUGAAGUGGUGGUGCAUCCAGGGCUCUAUGAGUUCGUUAUUGUGAUGUUUAGGGAUCAAUGUGUAUGUAUGUAAAUAAAAUAGUAUUGAUGCUAAAAUAUUAUUCAUCAUUGAUUCAAUAAAAUUGUGUUUUGCUGGUA